GUGCAUGCAUUACUUGCAUGUAUUUAUUUAUUUUACCAAUGACUCCGUUUAGCCGCAGUUUUCUUCCCUGUUUUAUGAAACUCCUAACCCGAUAUCCGUGUCGCAAUACACGGGAGUCAUUCUGUCGUUUCUCCAGUUAUGUAACACAGCAGCAGCCGCAGCGGGGCCCCGGAGCUCCUUUGUCCGCCUCAGUGGACGCGCACGGCGGCGUGACGGUGUGCAACCUGCCCGCUGACGUCACCGAAGCUGCCUUCAGUGAGCUUCUGCGUGAGUCUGUGUGUGUGUGGCGCUCUGAGGGCCGUGUGGCUGUCUGGCUGCGUGUUCCGCUCUGUCGGAGUCGUCUAGCCGAGGCCGCGGCACUGCAGGGUUUUACCUUCCACCACACAGUUCGGGACGAGGCCGUGCUCAGUCUGUGGAUGGGGGAUGGAGAGAGUCGCCUGCCCAACUACGCAACACACCAGGUUGGAGUUGCAGGUGCUGUUGUGAACCAGUCCAAUGGUAAAGUCCUUGUUGUUCAAGACAAGAACAGGGCCAAGAAUAUGUGGAAGUUUCCUGGUGGAUUGUCUAAUCCUAGUGAAAAUGUUGGCGACACUGCAGUCCGUGAAGUAUUUGAGGAAACUGGCAUCCGAUCUGAAUUCCGAUCUCUUGUGAGUAUCCGUCAGCAGCACCACCACCCUGGAGCAUUUGGGAAUUCGGAUAUGUAUCUGAUAUGCCGUCUCGCGCCAGUAACGUACGAGAUCAACUUCUGCAAGCAUGAGUGUUUACGUUGCGAGUGGAUGGAUUUGGCAGAACUGGCCAAAAUUAGUGACGCUGCACCCAUAACGAGCCGCAUCGCCAAACUGCUCCUGUUCGGACUACAAAACGGAUUCGAGAACAUCGAUCUAAGCAUGGAGGAAUUGCCUGCUGUAUACACCGGAUUAGUUUAUCAGAUUUAUCACAGGAAAAUUCCGGAGCGGUAUAAAUAA